AUGUCACCCUCCUCCACAGCUUAUAUCCCCAUGGACGGCUACCAUUUCACCCGUGCCCAGCUUUCUGCCAUGCCCGAUCCCGCUACGGCCCAUGCACGGCGUGGGGCCGCCUUUACCUUUGAUGCUUAUGCCUUCCUUUCCUUGAUCCGCUCGCUCCGGGAACCCGUGACCCCAGGAUCCCCUUCCAUCUACGCGCCGAGCUUCGAUCACGCCGUCAAGGACCCCAAACCCGACGACAUUGAAAUCCUGCCUAGCCACCGGGUGGUUGUGGUCGAAGGUAAUUAUCUAGCCCUGGAUGAGGACGUAUGGCGGGAUGCCGCUGGGUUAUUUGAUGAGCUUUGGUUUGUCGACGUAGACUUCGACGUCGCGAAACGAAGGCUUAUAGUCAGGCAUCUAGCUGCAGGGCUUGCGGAGAAUGAAGAGGCGGCGGAGCGUCGGGCAGCAGAAAAUGAUUUAGUAAACGCCCUCGGGGAAUAG